AGUAGAGAUGGGCAUCUACUUUUUAAAUAUAGAUGGGCAUUUACUUCCCAAGUAGAGAUGGGCAUCUACUCAAUUGUGUCCCUGUUUGGCACUUAGAACUCAAGUAAUAGCUUGUUGAUAGCUACGCCUGUGUCCCUGUGUGGCACUUAGAUAGCUAAACUCUGCUUGUGUCCCCGUGUGGCAUUGAGAGCCUGAGUAAUAGCUAUACAAGUAGAGAUGGGCAUCUACUAUACAAGUAGUGAUGGUCUUUCUUAAACGUAAAUAAACAUCUGCUGUUUUUAGCCAUAUGAAGUUGAGUUCACAUUUUGAUACAAACUAACCAUAUGACCUUAAAAUCCAUUUAAUUUGCAAUUAUCAACAUUAGGAAACCCCUUAGUCUGGUAUUUGGAUGUCUGUAAAACUCUAAAUAAUAUUCUUUUGCUUUAUUUCAUCAAUUUAAAUGUCAACUUAAAAAUUCCAAUAGUUUAGAACAUUUUAUUUAAUUGAAAUGUUUAGGAUUGGUCUCAACUGAGAGGCAGAUAUUCAAGUCCUGUUGGUCCUCGACAUAGCAUCAAUAUUGUAUUGUAUUGUAUUAGUAAUGUUUACAAAAUUCUUUUUAACCUAACUGACCAUACUUGAUAUACAAUUUGUGUUUCAGAUGCAAGAUGGAUGCUUUCCUAAAUUUUCAGCAAUUAAUUCAAAAAAUUCUUAAUCAUAUUAAUCUCAAUUGUCCUAAAGCUGAAAGAAAUGAAACAUUGGCAGGGAACACAUCAUUCCGCACCAUCCACAUGCAUGGUACACUUAGCUUUUUACAACAACAACUCGUUACAACAGGAACUGUUGAUAUAAACAACUCUCCAUUCAAGAAUUUUGAAGAAAAUGUUAACAAACUCUUUUCCUUGUUAACUCAUCAUAGAAAAUUAUACCCAAAGUGUAAUAUGGUUGAAGAGGAAUGGAAUAAACUUGUUGAUGAUGCUUUGGAACAGUUCAACCUAAUACCUGAUGUCAUUCAAAAUCCUUUACAUCAACCUGUUAAUUCAAGAUCAACUCCAGCAAGGACUCCAACAAGACUCCAAUUAACUCGAAGACAACUCAUCUUUGAAACCCCUGUACCUGAAUGUCUGAAACGAAAAGUUCUUGAUUCUUCUGAUUCUGAUGAAUUCCCGCAGUAUGAACCAAAAGAGACGGUUAAGACAGAAGAGACGGUUGAUCAAAAUCGUGAGGAGUCCUCUGACUCCUCUAUACCCUCUGAAAAAGAAGAUGAAGACAGUUACAGAAGACGAAACUUCUCAAUUCUCAGACAGCAACUAUUCGCAACAGACAGCGAAUCAGACAGAGCUUCUGGACGUCGGAAAGUUGUUGUUACCAGAUUUAUGAAGAAUCCCAAAUUGUCUCAUAAAACCUGUUUGUUGUGUGGAUUUUCGUUUACAGAGAAAAAGAGUCUGUACAGGCAUUACCGUCAACAAAAGCCAUGCCAAGAGAGAGUAACGGAAAAGACUAAGAAAUUCAAGAUUCUUAGAUCUACCACUAAGGAGAAUACAGAAGAUCUGGAAAGGCAACUGGAAAUUGAUCUAAUGGAAGCCGGACCUUCCAAUGCAACAGUCUUACGUAGAGAAGAUCCGGAAAGGCAACUGGAAAUUGAUCUAAUGGAAGCUGGACCUUCCAAUGCUCCAGUGCCAUGUAGAGGAGAACCUGAAAAACAAAUUACACGCAAUGUACCUGCUUUCAUAAAGUAUUCUAAGAAAUCUGCUUCUAUGCUACAGUCUUUGAAAUCAAAGUCUCAAGAGCAACCUAGAGGAGAACCUGAAAAACAGCCGAAAUCUUCUAUCAAUUCCAGUUUUCAAGUACCAAACUUCAUUAAACAACAUAUCCAGAACUGGAAAUUUGGAGAAGAUCUCCAUGAACAAGUUAGAAACAUUGUAUUCUCCAAGGAUGUGGAUAAGUUGUUCCAUGUAAAGUCAGAACUUUUAGAAACCCUAGAGGAUGUAGAUAUUGACAAUCAAAUUGGCGAUAUUUCUCCAGAGUUUCUUAAUCGGUUGAAUGAAGCAGUUGGUACCGCAUUAACUUUAGAUGCAUCAGAUCCUAGAAUGAAGCUCUCUCUUAAAGAAUUCCAGGAAAUCAAUUAUGAAUCCCCAAUACUCCCUAGAGGAAGAAUUGGUCCCAGAGAUGACUACUUAUUCACUUGGUAUCUUAAACCAAGAAUUCAAGGACAGGGAAAACGGAAAUCAGAGAAAACAGUACUGCAGUAUGCCACGUAUCUUUUUGGGAAGAGUGAAGAGAAUCUUUAUAAACAUUUGGAAGGGAAGAAUAUCCUCCUUGAAGAUGCUCUUUUCCCUAAAGCUUCAUGUGUAAGGAUGGAAGUUGAAGCUUGGGCAACCACAGAAAAUCCUAGCACUUCAAUUGCAAGGAAUUCUGCUCUGGUUUCCUUUUAUGACUAUCUAUGGGAAAAGUCAUCUGUUUACCAUAUUGAAACUGAAGACAUCUAGCUCGCAGCAGCAUUUCAAGAGUUUCAGAGAUAUACCAUGUUAUGCCGUAACAAUUUUUCAAACAGUCUUCUUGAUCUGAAACCUGCGGCUAAGAUAUCUGCAAAAGUUGCUCAAGAACUUAGUGAACAGUUUAAUCCUGAUCGGUAUGAGCAGGUAGAGAAGCAGAUUAAAGAUUUCUUCGACGGUCCAAAAUUCCUCUCCAUCAUGGAAGAAAUUGAUGAAAUCGAGGAAAAGAAAUUGCAUCUGAAUAUGGAACAAUAUAACUGACUUAAUAUUCAACUGGCAUUCCUAACUGUUCUUCAGAAUGGCCAGCGUGCCGAAUUGGCAAAUAUCAUGAAGAGACAGGAUUUGUACACCCAGGCCCGACACAGUGAACUGCCAGGAAUGUGGACAUUUCAACUGAACAAGAUUCUCAACAGUUGAAGAAGGCAAGACAAAAGCAACACUUUUUCUCAUGCUUUCGAGCAAGUUCACUACUGCUCUAAACAAAUGGAGCAGGAUGUCGGCGGUAUAUCUAAACUCAAUUACCAACCUGAAGAUAGACAAGACUUCGCAACUAUUCCUAAGGGAUGAUGGAAACCCACUCCAGAUGAAUAACAUAUACAACCUUCAGGCUUUCAAGGACCUGGGAUUUAGCAAAGAUCUCAGAUUAAAAGAUUCACGGAAGAUUCAGAGUACAGCACUGGACAAAGCACUACCAGCUAAUGACAAGGAUCUUCACAAGGUUGUACAUGCCCACUCAGCAGAUACCGUAAGUCAGAGCUACAUCUUAAACCAAACUGCAAGAUUUGAGAAAGGUACUGCUAAUAUGCAUGGUAGCUCAGCUCCAGUAGUGGAUGACUCAGUAGAAGCUCAAGUAGAAUUGGAAGCAAAUCAGAGACUUCUAAGAAAACACAUGCAAGAAGUCCAGGAGAACAAAUCUAAACUGUCCAUGUCAAAUAGAGAGGGAAACCCACGUCAAAGAAUUAGUAGUACACUCCGCAAUUCCAUCUUAUAUGGAAUAUUGGAAAUGAAAGAUGCUGUUUUUACCAAGCGAAUGCUGAGCAGUGUCCCUAGGAACCUUUGUGGAAGGUACAGACAUACUAGAAACUGGGACCAAUUUAUUCUAGGAUUUCUAGAAUCUCAGCAAUCUCUCAAUGACCUGGCUGUAAAAGAGGUCAAAUAUCAUCCUACUAUCAACGGUUUUUGUAAUAAAAUCUUUUCUUCACUAAGAGCCUGGAAUAGAACCAGGAUUUACAACACUCCUACAGGUCUUGUUUCAUUCCUAGAUAUUACUCUUCAACCUAAGAAUUCAUCAGAAACUACAAUGAAGAACCAUGCAGAAGAUGAAACAGAUGAAGAAGUGAUCGAAAUUGAUAUUACUGUUUAGAACAGAUAAUGGGAAUCAAAUAGAUAUUAUUGAAGUUUUGAAUAGAUAAAGGAAAUCAGAAGGAUAAUAUU